AUGAAUGCUGCAAUUUGCAAAGUUUUUGAAGUUCUUAGUGAUCAUUCUCCAAAUGGAAGAGCUAAGGCUAAAGUUCGGGGGAUUUAUAGAAACAUGCAAACUACAGUUGAGCAUCAUUAUCGCUUUGAUGUUUUUAAUGCAGCAAUAGAUUUCAUCUUGAUAGAGUUAAAUACUCGAUUUAAUGAGUCAUCAGUGGAACUUCUUUCUCUUAGUACCACUUUAGCUCCUAAAAAUUCAUUUGAAUCAAUUAACAUUGAUGAUAUUUGCAAGCUUGCAAUGAAGUUUUAUCCUGAAGAUUUCACAAAUCAAGACAUCAUUGCUUUGAAGUAUGAAUUGGAUGGCGUUAUUUGCUCCCGCGACCGCAUAAUUGCAAUAAAUCUCGCUCAAAGCGGUAUCUCCGGAAGCCUUUCACCAGUACAUGGAAAUCUUACCUCACUCACGUCUCUUCAACUGGAGUUCAACAACAUUUGCGACCCUCUACCUCGCCUCAGCAAACUCUCCUUGCUCCAGAAGAUAUACCUCCAAGCCAAUGCCUUUGAUGACAUCCCAAGUGGAUUUUUCAUCGGACUCUCCUCCCUCCAAGAGAUCUCUUUAGACGAUCUCCCUCUCACCCCUUGGAGCCUCUCCCAAGACAUCACUUCCGCGACUGGACUCGUCUACUUUUCCGCCAUCAACGCUUACCUCACAGGGUUGAUUCCCGACUUCCUUGGCUCCUUGUCGAGCCUUGACAUCCUCCAUCUUUCUUACAACAAGCUCACCAGCCCCCUCCCGAGCUCCUUCGCCGGCUCCAUCCUCAUGAAACUCUUCCUUGAUCACCAGCAAUCUCGUGACAAGAUCUCCGGCUGA